GACCAUGGGAAAAUUUUACUCGUGAGGAACCGUAGUUGAGAAUCGUGUCGAAGGUUUCCUCAAAGAUGACGUCGUACGAGGAUGAAGAAAACUUUGGGAGUUAUAGCGUGGUUGGUUCAUUUCCUAAAGACUUCGGCUAUGGCCCAGAGGAUCAAGAUGAAAUCUCCAGCAGUGAUAACAAACCCAGGAUUCUAAUAGUGGGCCUUAGAAGGAGCGGCAAAUCUUCCAUUCAGAAAGUUGUUUUCCACAAGAUGUCACCAAAUGAAACGCUUUUCUUGGAAAGUACCAAUAAAAUAGUGAAAGAUGAUAUUUCAAAUAGCUCAUUUGUGCAGUUCCAGAUUUGGGACUUCCCAGGCCAGAUUGAUUUUUUUGACCCAGCAUUUGAUUCAGAAGUGUUGUUUGGCCAUUGUGGAGCUCUUGUCUUUGUUAUAGAUGCACAGGAUGAUUAUAUGGAGGCCCUGGGAAAGCUCCAUAUGACUGUAACAAGGGCAUACAAGGUCAACCCAAACAUCAAGUUUGAAGUAUUUAUUCACAAAGUAGACGGAUUAUCCGAUGAUCAUAAAAUUGAGACUCAACGUGAUAUUCACCAGAGAGCAACCGAUGACCUUGCUGAUGCAGGACUGGAAGGCUUGCACCUGAGUUUCUACUUGACUAGUAUAUACGAUCACUCAAUAUUUGAGGCUUUUAGUAAAGUGGUUCAAAAACUCGUCCCACAACUUCCAACGUUGGAGAACUUAUUAAAUAUUCUUAUAACAAACUCAGGUAUCGAGAAAGCCUUUCUGUUUGAUGUUGUCAGCAAGAUUUACGUGGCUACUGACAGUUCGCCAGUUGACAUGCAGUCCUACGAGCUUUGUUGUGACAUGAUCGACGUUGUUAUUGAUAUUUCAUGCAUUUAUGGGCUAAGAGAGGAGGGAGACAGCAGUGCGUAUGACAUGGAGUCUUCUUCUAUCAUCAAACUCAACAACUCGACCAUUCUGUAUCUGCGAGAGGUGAACAAAUUCCUUGCCUUGGUCUGCAUUCUAAGAGAAGACAACUUCGAGAAAAAAGGUUUGAUAGACUACAACUUCUACUGCUUCCGUCAAGCUAUCAGUGAGGUGUUUGAGGUCAAGCGCCAGAUGAGGUCUGUGUCCGAUACUGGCUCCCAGUCCCCUUCUGCUGCGUACUCAAACGGCAGCGCAAUCCCGGCCCUGGAUCAUGAAAGAAAUGACAACGCUGUAGUUGUGUAGCGCAUGCUCAAAUGUGCUGCUUUCCAAUGUGUUUAAUAAGAAAUAAGCGUCGCUGCACUUCAAAGGGAGAUGGUCUUACUUUAACGGGCCUUUCGUCUCCAAUAUGAAACGGCCUUCGCUGUCAGUUUUUGUCCAGCCUCAGUUACUCAUUGUAGUUCCCAAAAUGCUAAAAAUGUGAUUGUUAUAAUGGUAAACCGUGUUGUGUCUUGCGUUGUACUGUAUAUUGUAAACGUGACCCUGUUAUAAUUAUCUCAUAUUUUGACACUCUUGUUUGUCAAGGUUGCUGUCUUGUUGUUUGAGAAGCCAAAUGAAACAAGAACACAAGCUAAGAAAAAAAAAUAAGUAAAUAUGAAAUCUGUAUUACAAAAGCAGGGCUUAUUUCAAUCUUGCUCUCUGAUAAUUUCUAAAUCCCCAAAUUUAAAGGGCUCCCCGCAGCUUGAGGAAUCCAAUGUCACGCAACGGUCUUAGCACGAGACUAGCGUGGCGUGACAAGUUUAGAACCGACGAUGACCAGACCACCUGUUUUGGCAAGGGGUGAAUAUUUGGAGUAGAAAUCUGUUAAGUAGUUUAGUUCAUGAACCGGGCAGGUCUGUAAAUUAGUGAGGAUUGUGUACUAAUUGUAAAUAAGUAGUUAAGGAGAACCAUAUAUUUCUGAAAAGGAGAAGUUUGAUUGGUAUUUGAUAACAGAUCCUAACGAAUAAAGAACAGUUUUCCCUCGA